AUGGAGCAACCCACCGACGGCCAGGUCCUCGACGCGGCGCGUAUACUAUACAGUUCAAACCCAAACAUAGGACGUGCGAAGGCUCUCGCCACUCUCAAAACUGAGAAUAACUGGGAUCUCGGGAACAAGCGAUUUAAGAAGCUCAUCGACGCAAGCGACAUAGCUCAAAGUAUUGCGGGUGCGCAAGAGGAUACGGCGGGUGGAGCUCAACAACGACCCGACGCCACUAAAGAUGCAUUGCCACCCAUUCCGUUACCAAAGGAUGCGCAUGCGGCACUCGUGCGCUACAUGGAAACCAGUAGACGGUGCUUCAGGAUCUACGGCAGGGGAGAGUACGACUAUGGCGUGAGUCCGAACAUGGAUCAGCAGCUCCUAAUCGGGAUCUGUCAUGAUCGUCUCCUCAAACUGGGAGCGCCUGGGCCGUGGGAUGAAAAGACGAAAAUCCUGAUCGCCGGCAGCAGCGAAAUGUACACCAUAUGGAACUACUGGUGGGCAGCAGGACGCAAGGUUUGCCUGACGGAGGAGGAUAUCGGGAGACAGCUGGAAGCAGAAUAUGGCGUGGAUCCCAGACCGUGGCUGCCAGUCUUGAGCAAGGCACAAUUACUGCAGCGGAAGGCCAUGUUCAAAGCUAAGUCGUUGGAGCUGAAGCGUGCGAUGCUUAAGUCGGACCCGGAGGCACAAAAAGUCAUUCCGGUCGAUUCGAAGGGUGAGCCGGUUUGGGACGAGAAGAUUCACGGAGAGUACGUCGUACAAGUGGUCAAGGUCAGUAAGGAGGAUGGAGUUACUGAAUACGGUACGGUUGCGUGA